AUGGAGCGCGUAUUGGGGGAACCGGCGCUCGUGCUGUGUGAAUCAUGCAUGGACAGUGACAAGCACGAGAAGCGAUGGCAGCCGCUCCUUACGAAAGAUAAGCGUACACUUUUAAUUCGUGACGUGUGUGUGCGUCCGCAAUGUCCACGGCUGCAGCUAUGUGGCCACUUGUGUCUGAUUCACAAACUGGAGCUAGAGUUGUCAUGGCAGGGCAAUUAUAGCGUCCGCGCAUGCCAUGGCUGCCGCGUUAACGCGCUGCAGCUUUACAGCGAAAAGUGUAAUGUAUGGUUUAUACUCGGACCCAGUCAUUAUGCGACUGGCGUGCAUGGAGUAGAGCACCGCGUUAUGACAUCGUCUUCGGCUGUUACUGGUGCUACUAAAUUGCUCGCUCGGGCGGAAAGGAGUAGAACGAAAAUGUCAACGAAGUGGCCAUAUUUGCGGCGCAGAUCCCGUCGCUGUAUUAAGCAGCACAUUCAGAAGGAGCAGUUGCUUGCGCUUGAGUGGAGCUUGGGCAAUUUGCCAGCGGAUAAGUGCAAAUAUCUUUGGAAAGACAAUUACAAACGCUUCGAAAUGGAGAAGAAUCCGGAGGCUUAUCAUGCAGCCAUGACGCCCUUGGCAAAUAAAGUGCUUGACGGUAAAGCGCGAGCGGAGCCCUCAGACAUAUUCUGCGACAUAAUGGGCUGCAGACGAUAUGCGAAGACUGGCAGUCGAUGUCUCUUUCACACUUCCAAGUAG